AUGUCUGAAAGCAAUUCCACGGCCGUUAACGGCUAUGGCAGCGCCUAUGCUGCCAAACACAAUCUCCCCUCACAUUUCAUCGGUGGAAAUCGGCUGGAUCUAGCACCUCCAGGUGCGGUCAAGGACUUCGUGGCUAAGAAUGACGGUCAUUCCGUUAUCACAUCGGUUUUGAUUGCGAAUAACGGUAUUGCGGCCGUUAAGGAGAUCCGAUCAGUGAGGAAAUGGGCCUACGAAACCUUUGGCGAUGAGCGGGCCAUCCAGUUCACCGUCAUGGCAACUCCGGAGGACUUGAGAGCGAACGCAGACUAUAUUCGUAUGGCAGAUCAAUACGUAGAGGUCCCUGGUGGAACUAAUAAUAAUAAUUACGCGAACGUCGAGCUGAUCGUCGAUGUUGCGGAACGAACAGGUGUGCAUGCAGUUUGGGCUGGAUGGGGACAUGCGUCUGAAAACCCCAAGCUUCCUGAAUCUCUCGCCGCUUCACCCAAAAAGAUCAUCUUCAUCGGUCCUCCUGGUAACGCAAUGCGCUCUCUCGGAGAUAAGAUCUCUUCUACGAUAGUUGCUCAGCACGCGGGGGUUCCCUGCAUUCCGUGGUCGGGCACGGGCGUAGAUGAGGUCAAAGUCGAUGAGGAGGGCAUCGUUACCGUGGAGGACAAUGUUUAUGAUCAAGGCUGCACCCACUCCCCCGCUGAGGGUCUUAAGAAGGCUCGUGAGAUUGGUUUCCCCGUCAUGGUUAAGGCUUCCGAAGGUGGUGGUGGUAAAGGUAUCCGCAAGGUCGACUCCGAGGAGAACUUCGAGGCCCUCUACAAUGCCGCUGCUAGCGAGAUUCCUGGAUCUCCUAUCUUCAUCAUGAAGCUUGCCGGAAACGCUAGACAUUUAGAAGUCCAGCUUCUUGCUGAUCAGUACGGCAACAAUAUCUCCCUCUUUGGUCGUGAUUGUUCCGUCCAGCGAAGACACCAGAAGAUUAUCGAGGAGGCCCCUGUUACCGUUGCUAAGCAGACUACCUUCCAGGAGAUGGAGAAGGCUGCUGUUCGUCUCGGCCGCCUUGUCGGUUACGUCUCUGCUGGUACCGUUGAGUACCUCUACUCCCACGCGGACGACAAGUUCUACUUCCUCGAGCUCAACCCCCGUCUUCAAGUCGAGCAUCCUACUACUGAGAUGGUUACCGGAGUCAACCUUCCAGCUGCUCAGCUCCAGAUUGCUAUGGGUCUUCCUCUUCACCGCAUUCGUGACAUCCGUCUCCUUUACGGCGUGGACCCUAACACCUCCUCCCCUAUUGACUUUGGUUUCUCCAACGAGGAGAGCACCAUGGUCCAGCGUCGUCCUCAGCCAAAGGGCCACACCACUGCUUGCCGAAUCACCUCCGAAGAUCCAGGUGAAGGCUUCAAGCCCUCCAGCGGUACGAUGCACGAACUGAACUUCCGAAGUUCCUCCAACGUCUGGGGUUACUUCUCUGUGGGUACCGCUGGCGGAAUUCACAGCUUCUCUGAUUCCCAGUUUGGCCACAUCUUUGCCUACGGCGAGAACCGUUCUGCUUCCAGGAAGCACAUGGUUGUUGCUCUCAAGGAAUUGAGCAUCCGUGGUGACUUCAGGACCACCGUCGAGUACUUAAUUAAGUUGCUUGAAACCCCUGCUUUCGAGGACAACACUAUCACCACCGGAUGGCUUGAUGAACUCAUCACCAAGAAGCUUACCGCUGAGCGGCCUGAUCCCAUGGUCGCCGUUAUCUGCGGUGCUAUGACCAAGGCUCACCUCGCCAGUGAAGCCUGCGAAUCUGAAUACCGCAAGGGCAUCGAAAAGGGUCAGGUUCCUGCCAAGGACGUCCUGAACACCGUCUUCCCAAUUGACUUCAUCUAUGAAGGUUCGCGUUACAAGUUUACCGCCACCCGCUCCUCCAUCGACAGCUACCACCUGUUUAUCAACGGUAGCAAGUGUACCGUUGGUGUUCGUGCUCUUGCUGAUGGUGGUCUUCUUAUCCUGCUUGACGGACGAAGCCAUAACGUCUACUGGAAGGAAGAAGCCGCAGCCACUCGUCUCUCUGUUGAUGGUAAGACCUGCCUCCUGGAACAGGAGAACGAUCCAACACAGCUCCGAACGCCCAGCCCCGGUAAGCUGGUUAAGUUUACUGUCGAGAAUGGCGAGCAUAUCCGCUCUGGUGAGGCUUUCGCCGAAGUCGAGGUCAUGAAGAUGUACAUGCCUUUGAUCGCCCAGGAGGAUGGUGUCGUCCAAUUCAUCAAGCAGCCCGGAGCCACCCUUGAAGCUGGCGAUAUUCUCGGUAUCCUUGCCCUUGAUGACCCUUCCCGAGUCAAGCAUGCAUCUCCAUUCACUGGUCAGCUACCUGAGUUGGGACCACCUCAAGUGCUCGGCAACAAGCCCCCACAGCGCUUCACGGUUCUCCUUAAGACCCUUCAGGACAUUCUCCUCGGAUACGACAACCAGGUUAUCAUGGGAAGCACCCUGAGCGAACUCAUUCAGGUCUUGCGCAACCCAGAACUUCCCUAUGGAGAAUGGAACGCUGAAGCCUCUGCUCUUCACUCUCGCAUGCCUCAGAAACUCGAUGCUCAGAUGACUCAGGUUAUUGAGCGUGCAAAGGCUCGCAAAGCAGAUUUCCCAGCUGCCCAGCUUCUCAAGGCUGUCACCCGCUUCAUUGACGAGAAUGUCAAGGCCGCCGCUGAUGCCGAAGCUCUGCGGGCCACCAUUGCUCCCCUCCUUCAGAUUAUUGAGCGUUACAAGGACGGCCUCAAGGUCCAGGAGUACAAGAUCAUUGUCUCCCUACUUGAGCAAUACUGGGAAGUCGAGCGCUUGUUUGCUCAAGGCAACACCCGUGACGAGAGUGUCAUCUUGAAACUCCGUGACGAGAACAAGGAGGAUAUCUCAAAGGUCAUUCAGACUGUUUUAUCGCAUAGCAAGAUCGGAUCCAAGAACAACCUCAUCCUUGCCAUCCUUGACAUGUACCGCCCCAACAAGCCUAAUGUCGGCAACGUCGCAAACUACCUCAAGACUAUCCUUCGCAAGUUGGCAGAACUUGAGUCUCGCGCUACUGCCAAGGUUGCUCUCAAGGCUCGUGAGGUGCUUAUUCAGUGUGCUCUGCCUUCUCUCGAGGAGCGAGUUGCCCAGAUGGAGCACAUCCUGCGCUCAUCUGUGAUUGAAUCUAAGUACGGUGAGACCGGCUGGGACCACCGAGAACCUGAUCUUAACGUUCUCAAGGAAGUUGUUGACUCCAAGUACACCGUCUUCGACGUUCUGCCUCUCUUCUUCGCCCACAAUGACCAAUGGGUGUCCCUCGCUGCAUUGGAAGUAUAUGUUCGCCGUGCUUAUCGUGCCUACGCUCUGAAGGGUAUCGAAUACCACAACACCGGUGAUGCACCAUUCUUCGUCUCCUGGGAUUUCAUCCUGCGCAAAGUUCCUCAUUCUGAAUUCGGUUUGUCUUCUCAAUCAACCACCUCGUCUGUUCCAGGAACACCCAUCUCGGAGAUCAACCCCUUCAAGAAGAUCGGAUCUAUCAGUGAUAUGGCCUUCGCCAACAAGGCACUUGGUCCCGAUGAGGCAACUCGAAAGGGUGUCUUAAUCCCAGUGCACUAUCUCGAUGAGGCAGAGGAAGUUCUCUACAAGGCUCUUAGCGUCUUCCCACGUUCCACUCCCGCUGCAGCCAAGCCAAAGAAGAACGGUACCUUGCCUGACCGUAGCAAGCCUGUACCACGCUCUGACCCCGAUGAAGAACUCACCGGUGUUUGCAACAUUGCUAUCCGUGAUGUUGAAGACCUGGAUGACUCCGAGCUUUCUUCUCGUCUCACUGCUCUUGUCAACGAUGCAAAGGGCGAAUUGCUUGCUCGUGGAAUUCGACGCCUCACUUUUGUUUGCGGUCAUGAGGAUGGCACUUAUCCCGGCUACUUCACUUUCCGUGGACCUACCUAUGCUGAAGACGUGAGUAUCCGUCACAGCGAGCCAGCACUUGCUUUCCAGCUUGAACUUGGCCGUCUAUCCAAAUUCAAGAUCAAGCCUGUUUUCACUGAAAAUCGUAACUUGCACGUCUACGAGGCGAUUGGCAAGGGACCAGAGCUCAGUGAUAAUGCAGUUGACAAGCGCUACUUCACUCGUGCCGUUGUUCGUCCAGGCAGACUACGUGAUGACAUCCCUACUGCGGAGUAUCUUAUUUCUGAAGCCGACAACUUGAUGACUGACAUCCUUGACGCACUUGAGAUCAUUGGUAACAACAACUCUGAUCUCAACCAUAUCUUCAUCAACUUCACUCCUGUCUUCCCCUUGCAGCCAACUGAUGUCGAGAAGGCCCUGGCUGGCUUCCUUGAACGUUUCGGACGCCGUCUCUGGCGUCUGCGUGUCACUGGUGCCGAAAUUCGUAUUCUCUGCACUGACCCGGCUACUGGCGCACCAUACCCACUCCGUGUUGUCAUCACCAACACUUCCGGCUAUAUCAUCCAGGUUGAGCUUUACGUGGAGCGUAAGUCUGAAAAGGGUGAAUGGAUCUUCCACUCGAUCGGCGGCACUACCAAGAUCGGAUCUAUGCACUUGCGUCCUGUCUCUACUCCUUAUCCUACCAAGGAAUGGCUCCAGCCUAAGCGUUACAAGGCCCAUCUCAUGGGUACUCAGUACGUUUACGAUUUCCCAGAGCUGUUCCGUCAAGCCUUCCAGAACAGCUGGGCCACUGCCAUUGCCGCUCACCCUGCCUUGGCUGAGAAGAGACCUGCACCAGGCAGCUGCAUCGAGUAUUCUGAACUUGUUCUCGAUGACAGGGACAACCUCGCAGAAGUCUCUCGUGAACCAGGCACUAACACCCACGGUAUGGUCGGAUGGUUGAUCACUGCUAAGACGCCAGAGUAUCCUCGUGGAAGACGCUUCAUUGUCGUUGCCAACGAUAUCACGUACCAGAUUGGUUCUUUCGGCCCACAGGAAGACAAGUUCUUCUACCAAUGUACUGAAUUGGCUAGAAAGCUGGGCAUUCCCAGAAUCUACCUGUCUGCUAACUCUGGUGCCCGUAUCGGCAUGGCUGAUGAACUUAUGUCUCAGUUCAACGUUGCUUGGAACAACCCUGAGAAGCCAGAGAACGGAUUCAAGUAUCUCUACCUCACCCCAGAGGUUGAGAAGCGCCUCGAGAAGGAGAAGAAGAAGGAUCUUAUCACUGAGUUGAUCACCGAGGAUGGUGAAGAGCGCUACAAGAUCACCACCAUCAUUGGAGCCAAGGAUGGUCUUGGUGUUGAGUGUCUCAGAGGUUCCGGUUUGAUUGCCGGUGCCACCUCUAAGGCAUACGAGGACAUCUUCACUAUUACCCUUGUUACUUGCCGUUCUGUCGGAAUUGGUGCUUACCUCGUUCGUCUAGGUCAUCGUGCCAUUCAGGUUGAAGGUCAACCCAUCAUCCUCACUGGUGCACCAGCUAUCAACAAACUCCUUGGCCGUGAAGUGUAUACUUCCAACUUGCAGCUUGGUGGUACUCAAAUCAUGUACAAGAAUGGUGUCUCGCAUAUGACUGCCAACGAUGACUUUGCUGGUAUCACCAAAAUUGUUGAAUGGAUGUCUUUCAUCCCUGAGAAGAAGGGUGCUCCAAUUCCAAUCCGUCCAUCCGCUGACUCCUGGAACCGAGACAUCACUUACUGCCCUCCACCACGACAGCCAUACGAUGUCCGCUGGAUCAUCAGCGGUAAAGAAGAUGAUGAAGGAUUCCUUUCCGGUCUCUUUGACAAGGGCUCUUUCGAAGAGGCUCUUGGUGGCUGGGCUAGAACUGUUGUUGUCGGUCGUGCUAGACUUGGCGGUAUCCCUAUGGGUGUCAUUGCCGUUGAAACCCGAUCUGUCGACUGUGUCACUCCUGCUGACCCUGCCAACCCUGAUUCCAUGGAAGUUUUGUCCACCGAAGCUGGAGGUGUCUGGUACCCUAACUCUGCCUUCAAGACGGCCCAGGCUCUCAAGGACUUCAACAAUGGUGAGCAGUUGCCUGUCAUGAUUCUCGCUAACUGGCGUGGUUUCUCUGGUGGUCAACGUGACAUGUACAACGAGGUUCUCAAAUACGGUUCCUACAUCGUCGAUGCCCUUGUUAAGUACGAGCAGCCAAUCUUCGUAUACAUUCCACCACACGGUGAACUCCGUGGUGGUUCUUGGGUCGUUAUCGAUCCAACCAUCAACCCUGAUCAGAUGGAGAUGUAUGCCGAUGUUGAGGCCCGUGGUGGUAUCCUAGAGCCCGAGGGUAUCGUCAACAUCAAAUACCGUCGCGAUAAGCAGCUUGAUACUAUGGCCCGUCUGGAUCCUGAAUAUGGUGCUCUCCGUGAAUCUCUCAAGGACAAGUCCCACAGUCCAGAGAAGCUAUCCGAAAUCAAGGCCCAGAUGACCGAGCGCGAAGAGAGACUCCUCCCAGUCUACAUGCAAAUUGCCUUGCAAUUCGCUGACCUUCAUGACCGUGCGGGCCGUAUGGAAGCCAAGGGCACCAUCCGCCAACCCCUUGAAUGGAAGAAUGCCCGUCGCUUCUUCUACUGGCGUCUCCGCCGUCGUCUAAGCGAAGAAAUCAUCCUUAAGCGCAUGGCCACCACAACUGUUCCUUCCACCGCUACCCGAACCAAUGUGUCUAGCAUCAGCACCCCACGCACCCAGCGUGACGAGAACCUUGACAAACUUAAGGCCUGGACUGGAAUUUCCGAUGAUGAAUUCGAGUCAAAUGAUCGUGAAGUCGCCAUCUGGUAUGAAGAAAACAAGAAGAACGUCUACGAGAAGAUUGAGGCUCUCAAGACCGACGGAAUUGCUGCUGAAGUUGCUUCUUUGCUCAUGGGCAACAAGGAAGGCGGUCUCCGCGGUGUACGAAAGGUUCUCGACAUGCUUCCUGACGCUGAGAAGGCUGUUGUCCUGAAAUACUUGGGCUCAUCUUAA